AUGGUUGAAGAUGGUGGACGUGAUGCUGCUAUUGAUGCCCUGUCGACUGAAGAAUGGCUUUCUUGUGCACAGAGGCUUGUUCCAAGUGCUUUGGAGAAGGCAAAGGAGGCUAAAGGGUUCCGUGGGAAGUGGAAGAUGAUAAUAUUAAAAUUGGAACAAAUGCCUUCACAGUUGUCAGAUUUGGCUAGCCACCCUUGCUUCUCAAAGAACGUGCUUUGUAAGGAGCAAUUGCAAGCUGUCUCAAAGACAUUGAAUGAUGCAAUUCGUCUAGCCGGGUUGUGUGUGAAGGAGAAAUAUGAGGGGAAGCUUCAAAUGCAAAGUGAUCUAGAUGCUUUGUUGGGGAAGCUCGAUUUGAAUUUGCGAGAUUGUGGGCUCUUGACCAAAACUGGAGUGCUUGGUGAGGUAACUUUGCCAUCAGUAGUAGCAAGAACUUCGCCCGAAAUGGAGGCGGGAAUUCAUAGCAAUAUAAGAGAGUUGCUUGCCCGUCUUCAGAUUGGACAUUUAGAGGCUAAACAAAAAGCUCUUGAUAAACUCUUAGAAGUCAUGAAAGAGGACGACAAGCAUAUAUUGGCUAUUUUGGGAAGAAGCAAUGUUGCGGCUUUAGUACAAUUGCUCACAGCUACUUCUCCUCGAAUAAGAGAAAAAACAGUUUCUGUUAUCUGCACACUUGUAGAAUCUGGAAGUUGUGAGAAUUGGCUUGUUUCAGAAGGUGUUCUUCCACCCCUUAUAAGACUUGUGGAAUCUGGUAGUGCCUUGGGUAAAGAGAAGGCCACGAUUUCUCUCCAGAGGUUGUCCACAUCAGCGGAAACAGCUCGUUCGAUAGUCAUGCAUGGUGGUGUCGGGCCUCUGAUCAACAUCUGUCGAACCGGCGAUUCCAUUUCACAAGUAGCUGCUGCUUGUACCUUAAAGAAUAUAUCUGCUGUGCCCGAGGUUCGUCAAGCACUUGCAGACGAAGGAAUCGUAAAGGUAACUAUUGAUCUUCUUGAAUCCGGAACUCUGCUGGGAUCGAAGGAGUAUGCAGCCGAAUGUUUGCAAUAUCUCACUUCAAGUGACAAGGACCUUCGGAUGUCUGUUAUUUCUGAAGGUGGCCUAAGAAGCCUGCUGGCAUAUUUGGAUGGUCCGUUGCCUCAAGAAUAUGCAGUCAGGGCAUUGAAAAAUUUGGUUGGCUUGAUCUCAACGGACGUUUUGGUUACACUAGGUCUUCUCCCAAGGUUGGUUCGAGUGCUUAAAUCGGGCUCGCUUGGUACGCAGCAAGCUGCGGCAUCAGCAAUCUGUCAAAUCUGCAGCUCGACUGAAAUGAGAAGAUUAGUCGGUGAAUCUGGAUGCAUUCCUCUUCUCAUUAAGAUCUUGGAGGCUAAAUUGAAUAACACGAGGGAGGCUGCUGCACAAGCAAUUUAUAGCCUGAUGUCCGAUUCCCAGAAUUGUCGAGAAGUUAAAAAAGAUGACAAAAGUGUGCCGAAUUUGGUAGCAUUGCUCGAUCCAAGUCCUCAAAACACGGCAAAAAAAUAUGCUGUUUCCUGUCUCAUGUUGCUCUCCUCGAGCAAAAAAUGUAAAAAGCUGAUGAUUUCAUACGGUGCCAUUGGUUAUCUCAAAAAGCUGACAGAAAUGGAGAUCCCGGGCGCCAAGAAACUACUCGAGCGUUUGGAAAGAGGCAUGUUGAAAAGCUUGUUCAGCAGAAAGUAG